UUCCAUGCCGAGGAAGCAUUUCCAUGAAAGAAACUUGUUGCUAUAUAUUUUAGUACCCCUCCUUCUUCCCAAGUGAUUUGGCACACUCCCACCACCCUCAUGCAGGUCCAGUGCUCCUCCCAAGAGCCAAACCAUACAAAGGCGAAACACAUGAAAGAGAUGUCUGAGCUCUUCCCUAUACUCGGUCUCCUCUUCUCCCUUAUUUCCUCGACGACGAUGGCGUCUUUCGAUGACUAUACCUCCUUUGUCUACGUUGGCUGCUCGCAGUCGAAGUACAUCCUUGGUGCUCCCUACCAGUUCAACGUAGACUCUCUUUUGACGUCGGUCGCCAACGCCGCCACCUUCUCCUCAUACAACAACUUCACCUCCUCUGCCGCUUCCGGUUCGUCCCCGGCCUACGGCCUCUUUCAGUGCCGCGUCGACCUCUCCGUCGCCGACUGCGCCUCUUGCGUCCGCUCCGCCCUGGAUCAGCUCUCGUCCCUUUGUCCCUCUGCUUCCGGCGCCGGCGUUCAGCUCAAGGGCUGCUUCGUCCGCUACGGCAACGACUCCUUCCUCGGCGAACCCGACACCACUCUGCUCUAUAAGAAGUGCGGCUCCGUCGUGCCUGGUGGCGGGUACAACUCCGACCUCCUCGGCAUGCGUGACGCGGCCCUGUCCGGUAUCUCGGGAGGCGGAGGAAGCUACAGGGUCGGUGCCGGAGGGCACGUGCGGGCGCUGGCGCAGUGCGUCGGCGACCAGAGCGUGAAGCAAUGCAACGACUGCGUGGCGGCGGCAGUGGCGCAACUCAAGGACGGCUGCGGGGUCGCCAAUGCUGGAGAUGCUUACCUUGGGAAGUGCUACGUCAGCUACUGGUCCGACGGAGUAUAUACUUCGAGGCACUAUCACGGUGGUGUGAGUGGGAAAACUCUGGCGAUCAUAAUAGGCGUCACGCUGGGACUCGUUAUCAUGAUCAUAUUCUUAUCCUUCAUCCGAAGAACCGGAAAAUGAUGGUAAAGACUAGAUGGAAUGCCUCAACUUUUGAUGGUGUCUGUGUUGGUUGCUUUUGGGCUUUGGCUCUUUCUAGCUUUUUGGGUUCUUUCGAGUAAAGUAGGAGGGGGUUGGAAAGAUGCAAGUGAUUAUUUAGUGAGGAGGUCCCAAGCGCAAAUCUUGCAGGGAAUGGAAUUUAUUCAUAUGAUGAGCGCUUAUGUUUGUGCCGCUUCGGGUAGUGUCAUGUGAUAGCUUCAGUUAUUCCAACAUUUUAUUUUUUUUAUGCAUAUUUAGAUUAAAACAAAUUGGAUUCUUUGGUUCGCCAAUUCAACCAUUUCAAACUCAUA